AUGCCCGUCACGUCUGACUCGACAGACACGCUCGACGACAUCAAGCGCGACUCGAUCGCGUACGCCACCAUCUAUGGCAUCCUCUUUCUCCUGGUUGCGUACCGUGUCAUCAGGGACAAGGUGCACACCCUUGUCGCAUACCAUGCCUUUAUGUUGCUGGCGCUGAUUCGCGUCGGCGCCUUUGUGGCCCAGUACGAGCUGGCCAACCACUGGUCCGACGACGGGCCCCACGCAGUCCGCGCCGCCUCGACGGCCCGCGACGUCCUCAAGGCCUUCGGCACCUUCUUCCUCGUUGAAGGGGUCACCGAGCUCGUGCCAUUACUCACACCCGCCCCUUCCAGGUUCGCUGUGCUGCGCUCGUACAGCGUCACGGGCCUCUCGCAGACCCGCUUCGUAGUGUACCACCUUCGCCACUUCAUCCUUGCCGGAACGCUCGGCAUCGGCGUCGCCGGCGCCGUGCAGCGCAACGACGCAAUCUUCACCGGGAACGCGGACGACUGGCAGCAGGGCAAGGCGCUCCUCCUCGCCGCCGGCGGCAUCUGGCUCGGCGUGGCGGUGCUCACGCUCGUCGGCGCGAUCGCCAUCGCUGCCCUGCCCGCCGAAGAGCACGCGCCGAGCAAGGCUGGCCCAGCUGCCAUCCUGAGCCUCUUCUCGGCCCUCACGAUCCUCGCCGCCGUCGGCGCCGUGUGGGCGCCCAUUGGGGCCAAGGUGUGGGCCAACACGUCGGCAGGUACUGGCGUAUUCAUCAUCCUCCCCGACCUAGCCGUGCUGUUCGGCGCGUUCCUGUGGCGCGUGGACGAGUUCCUGCAUAUCACGUCCGUGUUCGGCGUGCGCCGUGACACCGAGACUGGUGGGGAGCCUACGCACCACGCGAGCGCGGACGACGACAAGGGCGAGGCUGAGCGCAGCGCGGAGAAGCGCGCCGUUGAGCUCCAUGACGAGAUCAAGGCUGAGCGUGGGCACGAGGUGACGGCCGACGACUCGGAGUCCUCGGCCCCCUCGGCCCCUGCGGACGACUACAUCCACGUCCGUAAGCGCUUCGGCCUCAAGGCCGUGCUGCACCGCAAGAGCGACCAGACGGUCGACGCGGUUGACGAUGCGGCUGCCACCGCCGCUCAUUUUAAUGGUAACAUGAUUGCUUCUUUUCUUCCGAAGCACUGA